AUGGAUAGCAAAGAAUAUCUUAUAUCUUAUGGCUGGAAAGAGGGAGAAGCAUUCAAAGAAGGUGGUCUAAAAAGGCCUAUACUGGUAAAGCACAAGAGAGAUAAGAAGGGACUAGGUAAUGCCCCAGGCGGUAAUGAUGGUGAAGCAUGGUGGGAAAGACUUUUUGAUGGACACUUGAAAAACUUGGACGUAAGUACUGAUUCGAGCAAUGGCAGUAUCAAGUUUACCCAAAAUGAAGUGCUCGCAUCUGCUGUAUCAAAAAGUAGCUCGCCUUUAUAUAGGUGGUUUGUUAAAGGGAAAGGUUUGAAAGGAACUAUAGAUAAUUUUGGCGAGAAGAAGGAAACUAAUUUUGUUGUAUCCAGUGCAACUUCAAAUAAGGCGGAGAAGAAGAGAAGCAGGAGUGAUUAUGAUGAUAAUAAGGCUAAGAAAAAGAAGCUUAAGAAAAACAAAAAAAGUAAUGACAAUAGCAAGACUAAAAAGGAGAAGAAAUUUAAGAAAGAAGAUAGAAAAGAGAAGAAGAGCAAGCAUACCAGUAAUGGAGAUGAUAAAUCGAAGCAUAAAAAGUCUAAAAAGUCCAAAAGUUCAAAGAGCAUAAAAACGAAGAAAGUUUAA